AUUUAAUUUAAUUUAUUACAAUAUAAAAUUUAUUCAGUUUAAUUAUAUUUUUUUUAUUUGCGCUCGAUCUGGUAACGAAGAAGACUGAUCAAAAAAAAAAAUUAAGUUCUUCAUCGCCAUACAACAACAACUAUUAUAACUCAGUAUCAAUCAAUAUCACAGACGUAAAUGCCUAAUUCGAGGAGGUCUGUGAGUCCUCAGACUGUUACUGAGAGUAAUGUUGAGUACGAUCCGGUUACAGGAAGGAAGAUAAAGAAGCCGGUGUCUCGAUUAUCAUCACUUGUAUCAUAUUUUAAAGCUCCAAUUGCUCGAAUAUUUCAAGCUCCACCUCAAGGGCAAACUAAUCAAGAAUCUUCAACUAUCAAAUUCCCAGGACAUUUAAAUGAUGUUGAUAGAAUGAUAAUAGAAGAUGAACCUUUGAAUGAUGAUUUCACUUCGAUUAAGAAGAAAAGAUUAUCAAUUCAAGCUAUGCCAAGUACCGAUUCUAUACCUCGAUCAUCAACUUUGAAUAAUAGUUUAGGAACUUACAAAACAUAUUAUAAUUCAUUCCAUACUUCAAAUGAAGAAGUCAGUAAUGAUUUGGAAAGACGAUUGAGUACAGCUUAUAGUAAUGGUGUUGUCAAAGAUGGCGUUGUUAACUCUACCUUGAAUCCAAUUGUAGAACAAGAGUUUUCAAGAGAUGCUUCGCCAUUAGGAAUAUUACCUAGACUAGAUACCCCAAUGUCAUUACAAACUGUCACAUCCAGAACUGAAAGUGUAAAUGAUGGAACACCAAUGAUGAUAGAACAUGAAUACGCUCCAUUAUAUCAAGAUGAUGAAGGUAAUUUAGUCAGACCUCCAUUUAUUAACUUGGAUCCAAGAGAAAGAUAUCAUUUAUUACAAUUAAAACGUUCUGUUCAAGAAUCAGAAUCAAUCAAGAGAAAGAUCAAGUAUAUGGUUGAUCCAAAUGAAACGAUGUCAAGUAUUAAUCCCGAAACUAAGAAAGUUGAAACAUCAACUCAAACUCAUGAUAUAAGUUACUUGAGUGAUUCAUUAGUAUUUAAGACGAAAAAGAGAGGAAGAAGAAUUACAAGCUUAGGAUCUAAUGAUAAUCGUAUAAAGAGAGCCAAGACGAGUAAUAAAUUAUUCAGUGGUGAAUUCUUCUAUGAUGUUAAACUUGAUGAUAAGAAGCAAUCCAAAGAUAUAAUCGAUGAUCUUCCCAAAUCAGUUAAUGAUAAUAAAAAGUUCAGUGGUUAUCUUGGAUCAGUCACAAAGCCAACAUUUAUGAAAGAACCAACUAUUAAUAAUAACAAACGAUUAUCGAUUGAUGAAGAUUCUGCAUUUAACAGAUAUGGAAAUAAGAAUUUGAAAUCGACCAAUCAAAGGAUUGGUUUGAAUGAUUCAUUAUUGAACAAUACCAAGAUUGAUUUAAAGUUAGAUGCUGAUUAUCUCGAGAAAUCAAAGAAAGUAUCUAAUAUCAUUAAAUUGAAAGAUACAGAAUCAUUAAGUACUGAUAAGAAUCUCAAUGGUGGCAGCAGCAAUACUAUUAAUUCUGCGGAUGCUAAGAAAAAGAACGAAAAGUCAUUGGGUCCAAGUUCUGGAUUUCAAUUUAAGAUCAAUAAUGAGGCUAUUAAUUCAAUAAUUGAAAGAAGAAAUGAAAAUGAGGAGUUGGUAGAAAAGGCCACUUUAUCACAACAUGAACCAUUCAAAUUAGGUGGUAGUACAUCACAAAAGAAAGAGGAAGUUCCAGCUAAAUCUUUGUUUUCCUUUGGUGAUAAUAAGAAAGAGAGUAAAGUGCUCAAUGAAGAUGCUCCUAAAUUCGGCUUUGGUGAAGAGAAAGCAGAAGCACCAAAGCUUUCAUUUGGUUUUGGGGGAUCUGAAACUAAAACUGAUUCUUAUGUAAAGCCAAGUAUAAGUUUUGGUUCUGUAAGCAAAGAUAAGCCAGAAGAAACUGCCAAACCAUCCUCAUCAUUAUUCAGUUUUGGAAAGAAAGACGAAUCAACCACUACAACCACAGCUGCUUCAUUGUUUGGAGAAAAGAAAGAUGAAGUUUCUAAACCUUUAUUCUCAAUUCCUUCAACUACCGAAAAGAAAGAAGCACCGAAAUUAUCAUUCAAUAUUGGUAAUAAAUCAGAUGCCACAUCUGAUUCCACACCAAAACCAUUAUUCAGUUUUGGAACUGAAAAGAAAGAUGAAACCAAAACGGUUCCUAAAUUCAGUUUUGGAGAAACUAAGAGCACUAGUAGUAGUAGUACACCAAUACCAUCAUUUUCAUUAACAGAUGCUAAACCAGAAGAGAAUAAGAAAGAAACAACUCCAUUUUCGUUUGGUAAACCUUCCGAAAAUGGUGAUAAAGCUGAAUCUGAACCACCAACUACUGUGCCAAAAUUCAGUUUCAGUACUCCGGUGUUAGGUAAAUCAACUGAUGAAAAAUCAAGUACUUUCCAAUUCGGUGAUUCAACUAAAACUACAGCACCAUCCGAUUCAUUAUUUGGUGGUAACACCGCUGCUGCUUCCAACAAGAGAAAUAUAUUUGAUUCAGAGAGUUCUAAACCAAGUAUAAAAUUUGGAGAAAAUAAUGCUCUGGAUGCUUUAGAACCAUCAAAAAAGAGACCGGCAUUUUCGUUUGGAGGUAAAAUAGAUCAACCAACAUCAUCAGCAUCAUCCGAUGCCGCUACAGUCAGCACCCCACCAUCCAAACCAAUAUUUUCAUUUGGUAAUACAUCAGCUUUAAAUGGCAGUUCAGCUACAACUACCACAUCAGCUCCUACUUCAACUAUACCUAAUGCCAACCCUAGUUUUAAAUUUGCAGCUGGAAUCACUCCAAAUUCAAAACCAGUAUUAAAUUUUGGAUCAGCUACUUCACAAAAAACAUUAUCUGCUCCUACUGCUAAUGCCAAUCCAAUUGUACAAUUUGGGUCUAAUAAUAGUAGUAAUAAUAGUAUUUCAAGAUCCACUACUCCUGUGGGUAACAAUGCUAAUCCCGGUGUGGGAGGUUUUUCAUUUGGAUCCUCAACUACCAAUAUCAAUCCAGCUAGCGUAUUUGGAGGAGCUGCAACUGCAGCAGGAUCUGGAUCAGCAGGUAAUAUGUUUGGACAAACUACGGCACCAACAUUUCAAUUUGGAGGUGGAGCUGCUGCUACAACAAGAGGUAGUACACCUGAUCCAGCAGCUGUAUUUGGAGGCAAUGGUAGUAGAGAACCUACUCCAUUUUCAUUUGGUGGUAGUGCUAAUAAUGGUGCUAGUAGUAAUAAUUUGAAUGGUCUUUCUAUGCCUAAUGCUCAAUUUGGUACACCAUCGAAUGGAGGAGGUACUAAUCCAUUUGGAGGUUCAAUGAUGAUGAAUAAUGGUAAUGGGAAUGUUGGUGGUGCAGUGAUAGGAGCUGCAACAGGAAUACAAUCAACGCCUACUCCACCAAUACUCACAGGUCGUAAGAUCGCUCAAAUGAGACAAAGAAGAAGAUAGAUAGAUAAUAUUGGGUAGGUAAAUAUUUUUGCGAUAAAUAUGAGAAACAGAGAGAUUAUAGAAUAAAACAUAGUUUCAAUCCAUCUCAUUUAUCGAGUAAUUAUGUAUAAAUAAAUAAUAAGUAAAAACUUUAUAAUUGCAAAACCAGCUGUAGAUAUAUUAGUUAAAUAAAUAUAUGAUGAAAUAUGAUAUUGAU